AUUUCACCAGGAUCCCCCAGAUCAUCUUACACCGGAUAGACCGCCUGCAGGAUUAUGUUGGAAAAGAGGAGGAUUUUUCUGACCAGCAGCUCUGUGGACAGGAGAGGAAUUCCAGUUUGGACCAAGAAGAGCCAAAACCUCUGCAGAUGAAACAAGAGCAGCAAGAACCAGAACAUCCCUGGACAAAAGAGGAAACCAUGGAGGUCCUCAUAACUGAGCAGGAUGGACAGCUUGUUCUGAAAACAGAGCCUGGAGAGACAGAAGAGGAACAUUUCCCAUGUUUAACAUGUGGAGAGAACUUUCUAAAAACAGAACAUUUAAUAGAUCACACAAGCGCUCACUCAGAACGCUUUCAGGAUUAUGUUGGAAAAGAGGAGGAUUUCUCUGACCAGCAGGAGACGAAUUCCAGUUUGGACCAAGAGGAACCAGAAGCUCUGCAGAUAAAAGAAGAGCAGCUAAAGCCAGAAGAUCCCUGGAAAAAAGAGGAAGCCAUGGAGAUCCCCAUAAGUGCUCAUGAAGGACAGCUUGUUCUGAAGCAGCAGACUGAAGAUACAGGAGAAAAACCUUCCCGAUAUUUGACAUAUGGAGAAGAAUUUCUAAAAAAAGAAUAUUUAAUGGUUCACAUGAGAACUCACACAGGUCAGAAGAUUUAUGAAUGUCUCUCCUGUGGAAAACGCUUCACCUCUAAGUCAAAUCUUGAUAAACACAUCAGAACUCACACAGAUGAAAAGCCUUUUUCCUGCACGAUUUGUAACAAGAAUUUUACUGAAAAGAGUAAUUUGACUAAACACAGGAGAAUUCACACAGAUGAGAAGACUUUUUCCUGUACCAUUUGUAACAAGAACUUUAAUAUAAAGACUAGUUUGACUACUCAUAUGAGAAUUCACACUGGUGAGAAGCCUUUUCCCUGCACGAUUUGUGGCAAAAGUUUUACUCUAAAACAUCAUUUGACUGGACAUGUGAGAAUUCACACUGGUGAGAAGCCGUUUGAAUGUCUAUCCUGUGGAAAAAGCUUCACCACUAAAUCUGAGCUUCAUAAUCACAUCAAAGUUCACACAGGUGAGAAGCCUUUUUCUUGUACAAUUUGUAACAAGAAUUUUAUCAAACAAUGUAGUUUGACUGCUCACAUGAGAGUUCACACAGGUGAGAAGCCUUUUUCCUGUACCAUUUGUAACACUAAUUUUACUAAAAAAGGUAGUUUGACUGCUCACAUGAGAAUUCACACAGGUGAGAAACCUUUUUGCUGUAAUAUUUGUAAGAAGAAUUUUGCUAAAAAAGGUAAUCUGACUACUCACAUCAGAAUUCACACAGGUGAGAAGCCUUUUUCUUGUACCAUUUGUAACAAGAAUUUUACUAAAAAAGGAAGUUUGACUACUCACAUCAGAUUUCAUACAGGUGAGAAGCCUUUUUCCUGCACAAUUUGUGGCAAAAGUUUUACUCUAACAAGUCAUUUGAAUAGACACAUGAGAACUCACACCGGUGAGAAGCUGUCUCCUGAAUUAUUUGUGACAAAGGUUUUAAACGAGAAGGUAAUUUGACUUUUCAGUUUACAUCUAUUCAUGCAUGAUAUGGAAUUAUUUCUAAUUUUUUUUUUUAAAGCAUUUGUUUCACAUAAGUCGCAGCAGUUAGACACCACAGGAAUAAACAGUAGAAGCAUUUUGCAUGUUUGACUCUUGAUAAAAUAUCCAUCAAGAAACUCCACCUCUUUACAUGAGACACACAUGGAUUAAUUAUCUUUUUCAUGCAAAAAAAGUGCAGCAACAACAUCUUGGUUACAGAUAUAGCAAGUUUGCUGUCCAUGCAACAAGCAUUUGAGAAGUUAUAGAAGUUUAAAUUGAAAAAUAAAAUCCUGAUUGUCCCCUUCUGUGCCAUUUUGGCAUGGUGUGGCACAACUUUUUCCUAAUGCAUUUAUUUAGAAAAAAAAACUCAAGUUUUAUUUUUGAGACUAAGAAACUUUUAGCUGAAUGAUAAGGUAUUGGUUGGAUAUAUUCCGGAAACAGACUUUAAUUCAGAUAAAAAUAUCCUCAGAUGACAAUAAAAGCAAAGCUAGGACAGAUUUAAUGAGCUUUGCUCAGUUUUGCUGAUGUUUUGGAGGAUUUUCUAAGAGAUCAGCUGCAAAUGAUCAGAGUUUAGCUAAUUCAGUGUCUUGUUGGCUUUCAUUAGCAAUGCAUCAAUCAGCCCUGCUACGUGUGUUGUUGAAACCAGGCCCACCAAAACUCCAACUGUUUUUGGCACAGUGUUAGAGCUAUGGUCAAUGGAUAUUAGAAUGAAGUAGAUCAUCUAUAGAGGAGUCUCAGAUGAAGAUUUGGGACAUAUAUAAGUGUGUGUCUGUCUCAGAGUCAGUCAGCUACAAGCUAAUUAAUGUUGCAAAGUAGCUCCAGCCACCUUGAAAGGGGGUGCUGGGAUUAUGGGGUUAAACUACGGGACAUCAAAGAACUCAGUUUAGAGGCUGGAGUCUGUAGUUCAGGUAAAUUGAAGUCCUAAAAUGAUGAAACAUGUUUGUUUAAAAAGAUAAA